AGUAGUUCGAGGACGUUAUCGAGUCGCGUUUCAUCCAACGUCCUCCGCGCUUCCUUGAUUCUGGACACCCUCUAGAAGAGUUCUCAUAGAUGCGUGAGUCGCUACGAGCGGGCAAAAGUCGUCAGUACGGAAUGUCCUUCGAACGAGCGUGGUCGGUUACAUGACGACGAUCCUGAUCGUAACGAAGAUAGGAUCGAAGGAACGUGUCGUAGAUAAAUACAAUUAAAGGCAAAAAAGGCUCUUUUGUUUCUUUUUUAUUUAAUAUUUAUAAGAUAUCAUAUGAUAUAUCGUGUAAAGAGUGUUUGAUUGAGUUUUUGUCAACGUAUGAAUUAAGAUGAAUUGUUUCCGACGAAACUAUCGACAAUUACAUCCCACUUUGCUAAAUCAUCCGAAAUAAUAUUUCUUCCUCGAUGUGUGGCAUUUAAAAAAAUAAAAAGAAGGAAAAAAUAAAAUUACAAAGAAAACAGAAAGAUAACGAGACUUUCUUGAUCGUUUAGAUUUUUUGUUCCUUUUUUUUUAAUUACAAUAACUUAAUACUUUCAAAACUGCUCUUUUUAAAGCCGCGUUCCUACGAGGUUACGAACGUGAAUUAUGUUUUCGUGGAGUACGACUUGUGUGAAGAUGCUAUCGUGAAGAUUGCCUGUGACAUUGAUGCCUUCACAAUUUAGUCGGGACAAGAUCAAACCGAUUUGAUUUUUAAUUAUGAUAGUAACAAGCAUAAAACAGAAUGCCUACAUAGUUGUUUCUACUAGUUGUUGUAAAUUAAAAAAUUAAAAAUUUCAAUGCCGAACGGUUCACACUUUCCACUGAUAGACGUGAAAGAACCUGGGGUGAGCACAGGAGCGUGAUUCAUAUUCGUGGCUCAUACCUCGUGGGAACGCGGUAUAAAAUUGGAAUUCAUUAACUUAAGACUUAAAAUUUUGAAAGGAUCGUAAUGUGAUCGUCAGAGAGGAUUGGGAGGAUCGAACGAUCGAGAUCGUUAGGGCGUUUGCAACUCGUGAAUUUCAUUCGACUCGUCGAUCUUUCGGCGAGUCAUGCGUGUGGAUAUUCGACGAGCUUUGUACAUCAACGACUAUCGUCAAAUAGUUUAUUGUCGAGUUCUUCGCAGAACACUUCAUCGACGAGGCCGAAGAAAACGGGCAUUCAAGUGAAAAAAAGAAGAAGGAGAAGAAGAAGAAGAAGAAAAGAAAAACGAAAACAAUCGAUCGGAAGUUUUCGUGAGAUCAAUCUGUCUCGAUCCAAACGGCACGUGGUCAACGAGGUCAUAUGACCGGCGGGCAAAAAGAAAAAAGAAAAAUUUAUUUCGAUCUUCUUCUUCACCCUUCUUUCUUUUCAUUCUGCAUGACAUCGUCGCGUGCAUUAGAGAUUAUCAACCAGGGCCAUCGCAAGCUGAAAGAAGAAAAAAACAUUAGUCUGGGAUGAAAGUCACGCAAAGCACGCGAACAAUCGAGAAGAAUCGAAUGGAAAUCGUAUAGCUCAUUUAAGUCAAAGAAUUUCGAGUAUCCUCAUUUAUCGAUCCUCCUCCUCUUCUCUUCCUCUUUCUCCUUUCUUUCCUCACAAAGAAAAAGUUCGCAAUCAAGAUGGAGACUAGCUGGGACAUUGGGAUCUCGAAUUUAACGAAAGAAUCAAAUAUAAGCAUUUGCAAUAGUACGCACAGCACUUUAAUGGAUAUGGAAAAUUGCGAGGAACUUAAAUUCGAUAUUGGCUAUGAUCGUGAUCUCAUCGAGAAGAUAGUUCGCGUGAUAGUGCCAGUUUUUUUUGGGAUGAUUGGUAUCCUCGGAUUGAUUGGAAAUACUCUUGUGGUCAUCGUCGUAGCUGCAAAUCCAGGCAUGAGAUCAACUACUAAUAUUCUCAUCAUUAAUCUCGCGGUGGCCGAUCUUCUUUUCGUCAUAUUUUGCAUACCGUUCACGGCGACUGAUUUUGUCCUACCUUUUUGGCCAUUUGGUAAUAUCUGGUGUAAGAUCGUCCAAUAUCUCAUCAUCGUCACUGCCUAUGCUAGCGUCUACACUUUGGUCCUCAUGAGUCUCGACAGGUAUUUGGCGGUGGUUCAUCCGAUAACAUCGAUGUCUUGGAGAACAGAAAACCAUGCGAUUUUAGCGAUUUGCAUCGCAUGGGCGUUUAUAUUUGCAUUAUCUACACCAGCUCUCGUUAUUCACGGCGAGAUUCACUUUACGUUUCAGGAUUUGGACAACUCGUCGACGGCUUGUCGGAUCCUACCGCAAUAUGAUUGGUCCUUUUUCCAGGUAUCCUUCUUCCUAACGAGUUACUUGCUGCCAUUGACGUUGAUAUGCGUCUUUUACGUCUGUAUGCUUGUCAGACUAUGGCGUGGUGCUCGUGUUAGUGCCGAGAGUCGAAGAGGGAGAAGACGAGUUACUCGUUUGGUUCUCGUCGUUGUAGGAGUUUUCGCUAUAUGUUGGUGUCCAAUCCAGGUAAUAUUAGUUACGAAGUCUUUAGAGGCAUAUCCUUUAAAGUCAGCGACGAUUAUGGUCCAGAUAGCGAGUCAUAUCUUGGCGUAUACCAAUAGCUGCGUCAACCCCAUCCUUUACGCUUUUCUCAGCGAUAAUUUCCGAAAAGCUUUCCGGAAAAUCAUCUAUUGCAGGCCACGACAAGAUCCACAAAGAUCGGGUCCGCCUACAAAAACUACAAGAGCUGCUAGCACUGGUGACAUCCUAUAAGUAUGAUAUCCACGUUCAUCAAUGUAAUUGAUGCUGGACGUACAAUAGGUAUUGAACAUUUUGUGUAAUUAAAGAAAGAAAAAUUAAAAAGAAAGAAUCACACACCCAAGCAGACACGCAUACACACAAAACAAAGGAUAUAUUUGAUGGUUUAUGUUUUUGACGUUGUAAAAAUGAGUGUAUUAUACGAGUGGAGUGAUUUUAUGACGCUUCGUUCGACUAACAAAGUUACUAAAGAUGCCGAGAAUUAGAUAUAUAAAUAUAAAAUACGUAUACACGUGUAUACUAUAUAUAUAUAUGUGUGUGUGUGCAUUAAAGAACACGAAUUAAAAAUAUUACCAUUUAAAUGAUGAAUCAAAACUUUGUGAUGUCUUUGUUCUUUCUUUUUUCUUUUGACAUAAAUAAAAACAGCGAGAUUCGAGAUACUAUAGUCAAUGAUGUACAUGCGAGAGCGAAAUAAAUAAUAAAAAUAUAUAGUAUAAUUUGAAAUAAGACUAAUAAGCUUAAUGAUAGAACUUUAUCAGAUCCGACAGUUAGCGACACGAAAUCCUUCCGCCAUUUUAAAAUUCAUAUUGUUUAAAAAUGUAAAUAUCUCUUGUAAAAAAAGGAGAAAAGGAAAAGAUAGAGAAAAAGGAAGAUUGUUAAAUUAAAAUAAAAUAAGAUAAGAUAAUUACACUUACGAUAUUAUCGGAGAUUAUUAAGAUUUCGAGAUGUGUUAAUUAAAUGAGCGCUCUUCAUUGUUAAACUAUUAUUAACAACAUCGACUGAUUGUAAACGGAUUGAACGAGCUUUCGAUAAAAUUAGAUAUAUUGAUCGUUUAAAAUAAGAACUGUGUGUGUACACGAAAAGAAAACGACCAAAACCGUGGACAAUCGCGGAUGAGCCCCUGCUUUUGUUCACGGAUGGAUAAAAAAAAAAUAAGUCGUUUCCUUUUCGAAAACUCUAUGAUGUUAUCUCGUAAGGUUAAUGGAAGAAUUAAUUAAAAGAAAAUCGAUUGACGGCAAUUGUAUAGUGUACUAUUAAUAAAGAGAAAUAAAAAUUCUGUCAAUAUAUAA